AUGCCCCCAAAACCACUAACGACCAUCUACAAAGAAAUCAACGGCACAAAAAUCACUACAGAUAUCUACCUGCCUGAAAAUGCCCCUCAUCACGAGAAAUAUCCUGUCUUAAUAACAAUCCACGGCGGCGCCUUCAUGCUCGGCCACUCCAGCCUAAUCUCCCUCCCGCAAGUAGACGACUGCCUCGCGCGCGGCUGGAUCGUGGUCGCCCCGAACCAUCGGCUCUGUCCACAGGUGAACAUCGCCGAAGGACCGGUGCGCGAUUGCCGCGAUUUCCUGGAAUGGGUAUAUGCGGAUGAGGGGCUGGAUGGUUUUCUUUCUGAGGUGUCAUCAUCAUCGACUGGUUCUGGGGUUGAGUCUGGGUCUGGACCAGAGGAAGGCAAUGGUAAGAGUAAGAGGGUCUGGCAGGUCGACAAGGAAAAAGUCAUGGCGAUGGGGACGUCAAGUGGUGGGUUUUUGGCAUUGGCGUUGGGCUACGACACUCCCCGUCCCCCCCGCGCCAUCCUGAACUUCUACGGCGCCGUCCACUUCACCCAUACCUUCUGGACGCAGCCACUUCCUCACGUUCAAAAGACUCUUCCACCGCUAGACCCGGAAUUUAUUCGCCAAGUGUACUCCGAAGUACCGGUUCCCAUUCAGAGUGGGAUUUCAUUAGAAGGACAGACUCAGUCCCAGUCCCAGGGACAGACCCAGACUCCUCCAUCUCCAGGCCCCAACCCAAAAUCUCCUCGAGAUCUAUUCGCGUUGACGCAAAUUGCCAAUGGGACUGUUCUUUCGACAUGUUUGUCUUCCUCCUCUUCCUCUUCCACCCCCUCCCCUCUCUCAGAGGAAGAAAUCCGCACAAUCGACCCCGUCUAUCGCAUCCACCCCACCUUCCCACCAACCUGUAUCAUCCACGGCACAGCAGACCGCAUGGUCCCUGCAUUCCUGAGUAAGGAGUUACUAUCCCGGUUACAGGAGGAGGAAGUCAGAUGCGAGAUGGUGGAUGUGGAGGGGGAGGACCAUACGUUUGCGAUGGGGAUGAAAGUUGGAUCGAGGACGUGGGAGGUGCAGAGACGGGGGUUUGAGUUUUUGGAGGAGGUUAUUCGGGGAGUAUAA